AUGAAUCCAGUUAUCUUGAUUUCUGUUGUUGUUCUGUGCGUGGUGUAUUCAACAGCAGACAGCUGCUUGCGAAGCGCUGAACUUGAAUAUAAGAAGUUUGGAGAAUUAGAUGGACCCCAUAAAGAUUUGCUCAGAAAGAACUUCAACAAGAAAUUAGAUGAUGGAGACCUAGUGGUUUCGUAUCAAGCUGAUCGGCACAUCGACAAAUUAAGCGUGAUAGAUGUCACCUUCCCUACGGUCAUUCUCUCACGAAAGAUCAGAAAGCCAAUCUACUUCGUAUAUCGCCCUGUGUCAGAUUUCAGAAAUAUCAGUGCGAAAGAGUUUAUUGAUACUUUGUAUAAUUGUGAAAUCGGUGAUGUACCUUCUAUGAUAAAGAGGGCGUAA